AAUGACAGAAUGAUAGGUUAUAAAAAGUAUUUGUUUCGCUGAAAACAAUAUGUGUGAUAAUAUAAAAUUGAUGUAGUUUGCAUUGACUGAGUUUGAAAUACUGUUUUCUUAAGUAAUCGCAUAGUAACAAUUCUGCUUGAAAAAUAUAGCAAAUGUCAUUGUCUAGCACAACGUUGUACAAUACAAUAGUAACGAAUUAAGUUCUCUUUCUCGAGUAUUCAAAAUGUUCAAAACAUUUUGCCGAUCUUACUCAAAAGUUGUACCCACAAAAUUAAAAAGCAAAUCUACAAGUUCUUUCGAAUGGAUGUCGAGGCAGCUAAAUGACCCUUAUGUAGAGAAAGCAAAAAUGCAAAAUUACAGAUGUAGAAGUGCAUUUAAACUUUUGGAAAUAGAUGAAAAGUACAAAAUAUUACAUCCAGGUGAUGUAGUCAUUGAUUGUGGGGCAUCUCCAGGUUCCUGGACCCAAGUGGCCGUAAACAAGUGUAACCCAAAAAAUUCAAAAAAUGAAAGAAAAUAUAAAGAUAAAAGUUUAAUUAUUGGUAUAGAUCGAGUGCAAAUAUACCCCAUUGAAGGUGCUGAAUUGUUAGGUAAUUCUGAUUUCACUUUAGUUGAAACUCGAGACAAAAUAAAAAAAAUGUUAAAUAGUCGAUUAGCAAAUGUUGUAUUAUCUGAUAUGGCACCCAAUGCAUCUGGAAUGCGUGAGAUGGAUCAUGAUAAUAUAAUUUCUUUAUGUUAUGCAGUACUAAAGUUUGCAUUAGAAAUUUCCAAUGAAAAUGGUACAUUAUUGGUGAAAGUAUGGGAUGGAAGAGGUAUUCCAAAACUUGUGGACGACGUUGCACGUUUCUAUAGUUCAGUUAAGUUUAUCAAACCAGCAUCUAGCCGAUCAGAUUCAAGUGAAAAAUUUUUAUUAGCAAGAGGUUACAAAGGACUUGUUAAAUAA